AUGGAAGGAUACUUAAUGAAGUGGACUAACAUUUUUCAAAGAUGGUAACCACGGUAUUUUAUUCUUUAUGAUGAUAUUCUAACAUAUUGUGAGUAAAAGGGAAGUUCUGUUGAAGGUCGAGUAAGUUUGAAAAUAUCUGGGAUUUUUACAGUUUAAGAUGAUCCUUUAGAAAUUUUGAUAUAAACAGGAACUAAUGAAUUAAAAUUAAAGGCCAAUUCUCAAUCUUAAUUUUUAGAUUGGUUUAAUGCAUUAUAAAUUGCAUAAGAAAAAUCAUAAAAAAAUAAGGUUUAAAACUUUGAAAGUCAAAUCAAUGAUUUACUUUCAACAAUUUGGGUUACAUUUGCAGCAUUUGAUGAAACAUUGAAUACACUUUAAAUUAAUUGCUCUAAAUUUUAGUAUGAAUUAAUUACUAAAUUACACACUCUUGGUUAGAAUUUAAAAACAUUUCUAACUUUGGGAUUUACUUUAAUAGAAUAAGAAAAAGAAAGAUUUGAGAAUGAUGCCAAUAGUGUUUAUGAAAGUUUUAAUGAAAUGUAAAGUGUAAUACCGAAUAAUGGAAUUCCUAAAUAAAUAUAAAUCAAAGUUUAAGAAUUUGAUACUCCUUAAAGAGGAAAUUCAUUCAAAAGUAUAUUAGAUUCAAUUAAACAUUCUUAACCAAUUAAAUAUGUAAGAUAUAUUAUAAUAAACUAGAGAAAUCUUGUAAAUAGUCCUGUUUUUACAAAAAUAUAUAUAACAGAUGAACCAGAAAGAACAUGUUUACCAUAUAAAUAGGAUCCCAAAGAGAAAUUUAAUAUUUGGCCAUUUCUUAAAUCAUGUAUUGGAAAGGAUCUAACUAGAAUUCCAUUUCCUUGUAUAUUUUAAUAAUUUAAUUUUUAGUGAUAUUUCAUUAACCAAUGUCAGUUUUAUAAUUAAUUGUACAAUAAUUUGCUUAUUUCGAUUAAAUUAAGAAAGCUAGUCAAUGUGAAGAUUCUUGUAAAAGAAUGUGUCAUAUUAUUGCAUUUACAUUGUCUCGAUUGUCAUCAACAUUGGAUGGUUAAAAGAAACCAUUUAAUCCACUUUUAGGAGAAACUUAUGAAUUUUUAACUCCUGAUUAUAGUAUUGUAUGUGAAUAAGUUUCACAUCAUCCACCAAUAUCAGCUAUGCAUUGUGAAGGCAAGGAUUUUAAGUUUUGGUCAUAGAAUGAUGCUUCAAUAGGAUUUGGAGGAACUUAUAUAAAAAUUUAAAUAGUUGGUAAAUCUCAUAUCUAUUUAAAACGAUUUAAUGAACAUUAUAGUUUUGAUAUGCCAAAUAUGCAUAUUAAAAAUCUAGUAUUUGGAGAGAAAUAUUUUGAACAUGUUGGAAAGAUUAAAUAUGUAAAUCAUUAGACAGGAGAUAUUGGUAUAGUUGAUUUAAGAGAAUAUGGAGAAGGCAAGGUAUAUAAUAUAAUUAAUUUUUAAAGAAUUUUUCUUAAGUCUAAGCUGAAGUGAGAGAUUGUAAUAACAAUUUAAGAUAUUAGAUUACUGGUUUUUAUAAUUAAGCCUUAUAUGCAGGUAAUGAAUUACUAUGGUAACGAAUUAUGCCUAGCAAAGAAGCUUAUUACUAUUAUAAUUAUAUUCCUUUAUAAAUGUAAGCAAACUAUCUCAAUACAGAAAUUUUACUUGUAAUUUAAAUUGAUUAUAUAAGUAAAUACCUUGUACUGAUUCGCGUUUAAGACCAGAUAUUGCAGCUUUGGAACAUGGUUGGAAAGAAAUUGGAUAAGAUGAAAAAGUUAGAAUGGAAGAGAAGUAAAGAGAGAAGAGAAGAAUUAUGGAAUAAAGAAAUGAAGUUCAUAUUCCUAAAUUCUUUGAAAUAAAAGAAGAUAUUGAUACAAAAUCUAAAGGAUAUGUAUUUAAAGGGAAUUAUUGGACAGAAAAACAUGAAGUGAUGGAUAUAUUUUGA